UCUGAGCACAGGUGUGUGGCACUGCUGGGUGGCACAGGUGGGAGCACUGCUGGGCACAGGAGGGUGCACUGCUGGGCACAGAUGGGCACACUGCUGGGCACAGGUGGGCGGAACUGGUGGGUUGCACUGCUGGGCACCGAUCAUCAGGACACUGAUCAUCAGUGCCCUGAUCGUGAGGAAAGUGCAGCCGAGAACCGGCAAUUGCAUUUCCCUCUGAUCAGCGUGUCAUUGGACACGGGCCGAUCAUGGUAAAAGGCCGCUGUGAUUGUCUCUUUACCACAUCACGUGAUCAGCUGUG